GUGUGAUCCAAUAAUAAACACGAAAAGAAGCGGGGCAGCUACUGCCAAAUAUGGGCAAAAUACCGGUGCUGUUAGCCGACUGAUUGACGAUGGUUCGUCAGGAGGGAGUAGGAUCCAGUAUGGUCUGAGCUAGAGGGAGCUGUAUGAAAAUGCCAGUUGAUUGCCCCCUGUCACCUCCUCCUCCUCCUCCACCACCACCACCUCUUCCUGCUCCAGGUCCACCACCUCCUCCUUCAGCCUCAUCACACAAAAAGAAGCUGUAUCAGACUAUAGCCAGCAGCAGGAGUCCUGUAGAGGGGGACCACACAGAGGCCUGCCUACUGCUCAGUCAGAGAGACAGCAGUUUUAGGAAGGACCUGCAGUGGAUACUGGUGAACACAUAUGUGCCUUCCCUCAUCCAAGAUGGUCCACAGUGUGGUCUGGUGGCUUUGUGGAUGGCUGCUCACCUUGGACAGCCGCAGCUGAGCAUGGAAACUGUAGUUCAGACAGCACUGAGCAGGGGAUACACAGCACAGGGGGAAAUGUUUUCAGCUAGCGACAUGGCCCUGCUGGCAGAGGAGGUUUGUGGCUGUAAGGCAGAGCUGCUGUCCGGAGGUUUAAGUGGCAGCAAUGCUGCAACCAUCAUCACACACUUGUGGGGGAGACAGCCGGUUCUCGUCCCAUAUGAUGAGGACUACAACCAUGAGCCAUGCCAGCGUAGCGGCCACAGGGCGCACUGGGCAGUCGCUUCAGGUGUUCUCCUUGGUUUGGACCAGGGGAGUGUGAGUGAAAUGCACCAUCAGUCUAAUCCCAGUCUGCCCUGGCUUUACCUGCCCAGCGACACCAGUUUCCCCUGUCCCAUCAGCAACACGGGACUCAGAGAGGUUUAUAUCCUGGCUAAGCAGGGUAAAAGCCUGCGCUACCAGCUGUGGAGUUGGGACAGCAUAGCUCAGAGCAACGAGCAGCUGAGGACAAUGGACCCUCAGAGAGCCAACGACGGGACCCAGUAUGUGGUUCCUCGAGGAGGGGUAGAGGCUGGGCUGGCGGGAAAGGCAGUGUUGCUCCACACAAGGACACAGGAGCAGUAAUAAGUACGACGCUGCUGGCCAACAAUCCGAGUUUUAUUUUGCAUCACGGUGAAUUCUUAUGGUGCUGUCUGAAUGACGCUGCAGUUGAACCCAUGUGAAUAAUGGGUUUAUACAGAUGUGGAUCAGUCUUGUUUCAACUUAACUUUUAAGUUUAACAGGGCUUUGAAAAGUACAAAAGUAAAGAUGCUGUACAUGUCACAGUUCUGAUGCAGCAUGAUUGUUAAUUCUAUUAGAAAAGGGUGAAAUAUAUUUGUCAACCAUCAAGAGAUAUGGCUGAUCUCAGGGAGUUAUCUCCUCAUCUGUAGUUGCAUAAGGUCUUUGUAGGUAAAUGAAUAAUUAUAUACUAAACAAGAGGAUCUUUGAUUGCCUUAUGUCUGGUCAUUAUCUCCAUGACAAAAGAACAUGUGUGCUCAGAGUAUUAAUAGUUAGUUUACCUCAUUGAUAUUCAACAACGUGCACCGAAAUCCAAUCAGAUCAUCUUACACCUGUGGUGUAACUGUAAAGUUUCUACUAUGUAUUCAGCAUAUCAACAUACUGUCCUACAGACCAUGUAGUGUGGUGGAGGGACACAUAAUUUGAACGACAUAAUUGUCGUAAAUGAGCCAAAGUGUAAUUGCUAUUCUUGGCUGGAUCUUUUAUCUUUUUUCUCUCUCUGUUUGUCAUGGUUUAUUGUUGUAUCGCCUGUGAAACUGGAAUGGUGUGCCUCCUUGGCCAGGUGUCCCUCAAAAAAGAGACUGUAGUCUCAAGGGAUUCCUGAUUAAAUAAAGGUUUAAUAAAAUAAAUAAAAAAACAUUUCUACACUAAA